CGGCGUGGACGUUACGACUCACCCGAAGUCGCUGCCGGGGCAGUGAAUCCGAGAAGUGUGCGGGAGACGGGGGUUCUCCGGUUCGAGAGGAACCGGUAAUGACAUUUAAAUGUGCCGCUAGUUGUUUCGGGAGCCACAACGCGAUAUCAGCGAAGAGAUACAAGCGCCCUGCCGUUAGCUAACCUGGUCGGCUCGGCAGCAGGGGUCCGUUAGCCUCGCUAGCGACUCCAGAUAACACCCAGUCAGAGAGACGCUAUUCAAACUGUUAAGUGGUUGAAAUCGGCGAGUGGUGUCAGAAAUCUCCAAGAUAUCACCGAGUCUUUACUGAUUGGCACCUGACGUUGUUGCCUCCUCGUGGCUGGACUACAUGAGCAGCAUCGGCGGCACCUGUGUGUAGACCUCGGGAAUGGGGAAUGGAGUCCAGCAGCACCAGGCAGCACUCGCACAGAGAGAAGUGCAGCCUAGGGCCUCCUCCGGUGAAUCAGAGGGCCUAAAACAGACCCGGUCGGUUCUCAACUCACUCCUCUCUGGGGCUUUAGCAGGAGCUGUGGCAAAGACAGCUGUAGCCCCAUUGGAUAGAACCAAAAUCAUAUUCCAAGUGUCCUCAGCGAGAUUCUCUGCCAAGGAGGCCUACAGGUUGAUCUACCGUACCUACCUAAAGGAUGGCUUCUUCAGCUUGUGGAGGGGAAACUCUGCUACCAUGGUUCGAGUCAUUCCCUAUGCUGCUAUUCAGUUCUGUGCCCAUGAGCAAUACAAGAGACUGCUAGGAGGCUACUAUGGCUUCCAGGGGAAAGCCCUGCCUCCGUUUCCAAGGUUACUGGCCGGCUCCAUGGCUGGUACCACGGCAGCCAUGCUGACCUACCCUCUGGACAUGGUGCGGGCGAGAAUGGCCGUCACACCCAAGGAGAUGUACAGUAACAUCCUGCAUGUGUUUGUACGGAUCUCUCGAGAAGAGGGCUUGAAGACUUUGUAUCGAGGGUUCACCCCCACCAUCCUGGGUGUUAUGCCCUACGCUGGUCUCAGCUUCUUCACCUAUGAAACACUGAAAAAGCUGCAUGCAGAGCGAAGUGGUCGUCCACAGCCCUACUCAUAUGAGCGCCUGGCCUUUGGAGCCUGUGCCGGCCUCCUUGGCCAAUCGGCCUCAUACCCUCUGGACGUGGUACGGCGCCGCAUGCAAACCGCGGGGGUCACAGGUCACACAUAUGGCACCAUCUUUGGCACCAUGCGGGAAAUCAUGGCUGAGGAGGGAGUGAUCCGCGGACUUUACAAAGGUCUCAGUAUGAACUGGGUCAAGGGGCCCAUUGCGGUGGGAAUAAGCUUCACAACCUUUGACCUCACUCAGAUCCUGCUGAGGAAGCUGCAGCAGAUGGGCUAUGCAGUUCGAUAACAACCAGAGAGAGACGAGGGAGAGCAGGACAUCAGCGACAAGCUUCAUGGGUCCUCCGAGAAAGUAAAAGGAUUGAGGGUGCAACGCGAGCAUAGCCAAGGAGCUGAAAGCCAAGUGUGUUACCACUUGGCUUCUGUGUGUUGGCUCAGGAUGCGUGGGCAGUGUUAAUGUACACCGAUCAGCCAAAACAUUAAAACCCUCUGCCUAAUAUCAUGCAGGUCCCCCUCGAGCCACCAAAACAGCUUUGACCUGUCGACGCAUGGGCUCCACAAGACCUCUGAAGGUGUCCUCUGGUAUCUGGCACCAAAACGUUAGCAGCAGAUCCUUUAAGUCCUGUAAGUUGCAAGGUGGGACCUUCAUGGAUUGGACUUUUUUCCAGCACAUCCCAUAGGUGCUCGAUUGGAUUGAGAUCUGGGGAAUUUGGAGGCCAAGGCAACACCGUGAACUCUUUGUCUUGUUCCUCAAACCAUUCCUGAAAAAUGUUUGAAGUGUGGCAGGGCGCAUUAUCCUGCUGAAAGAGACCACUGCCAUCCGUUGCCAUGAAGGGGUGUACUUAGACUGCAACACUGUUUAGAUAGGUGGUACAUGUCAAAGUAACAUCCAUAUGAAUGCCAGGACCCAAGGUAUCGCAGCAGAACAUUAACCAGAGCAUCACACUGGCUCUGCCGGCUUGCCUUCUUCCCAUAGUGCAUCCUGGUGGCAUCUCUUCCCCAGGUAAACAACGCACACGCACCUGGUCAUCUACAUGGUGUAAAAGAAAACAUGAUUCAUCAGACCAGGCCACCUGCUUCCAUUGCUCCAUGGUCCAGUUCUGACACUCAUGAGCACUCUGACAUCAUGGGCACCAGUCUGCGGCUAUGUAGCCCCAUACGCAGCAAGCUGUGAUGCACAGUGUGCUCUGACACCUGUUGAUCAUUGCCAGCAUGAACUUUUUCAGGAGUUUGAGCUACAGUAGCUUUUCUGUGGGAUCAGAACUAGCUUUCGAUCCCCACACGCGUCGAUGAGCCUUGGGCGCCCAUGACCCUGUCGCCGAUUCACCGGUUGUCCUUCCUUGGAUCACUUUUGGUAGUUACUGACCACUGCAUACCAGGAACACCCCACAAGACCUGCUGUUUUGGAGAUGUUCUGACCCAGUCGUCUAGCCAUCACAAUUUCACCCUUGUCAAAGUCACGCAGAUCCUUACACUUGCCUACUUUUCCUGCUUCCAACACAUCAACUUCAGGAAUUGACUGAGAAAGAUACUUUAUUGAUCCCCAUAGGGAAAUUCUGCUCUGCAUUUAACCCAUCCUAGCUGUGUAGCUUAGAGCAGUGGGCAGCUGCUGUGCAGCACCUGGGGACCAACUCCAGUUUGUCUUGCCAUGCCUCUGUCAGGGGCACAGACAGGAGCACUUACCCUAACAUGUGUGUAUCUUUUUGAUGGUGGGGGAAACCGGAGCACCCAGAGAAAACCCACCGCAGACAUAGGAGAACAUGCAAACUCUGCACAGAGGACGACCUGGGACGACCCCCAAGGUUGGACUGUUCACUUGCUGCCUAAUAUAUCCCACCCCUUGACGGGUGCCAUUGUAACGAGAUAACCAACGUUAUUCUCUUCACCUGUCAGCGGUUUUAAUGUUUUUUGGCUGAUCGGUGUAAUUUCCUGCGUAAUGUUUGUGUGUGGGGCCACACAGACCCGGUGUACCUGAGUUGUGGCGGAUGGUACAAAAUACCCUGUACACACUGUCCUCAUGUACAGUCAAGUGCAAUAUGCUCAGUGAGUUGAUGUGUGUGUUUGCUUGUAUGUUGUUUGCACAUAAAGGACAACGAAGCUGCCGCUGUGUACCCCAAGACCUGUACGGUUGGAGGUUCACACGGGACUCCCCUUUGCCUUUAGGGGGUCUGCCCAAAGCAGACACUUUACCCACUCAGCAUAGAUUGCCAAUCUCCUAUUGACUUCUAACAUGCGUUUGAUGUGGUUUGUCAGACUGAAAUAUGUCCCUUUGAUAUAUAAUUCUGUGUUUGAUUUUGUUUUAAGGAAUUAUACCAAAGGAUGUCUAGAUGUGUAUUUGUAGAAAGAUUACCUUGGCAAAGCUGAUAAUAUGACUUGUGAUGGUGUUUUUACAACCACACAAGUUCUUCGAGUAAUGACAUUAUGGCAAAAAUCCAACCCAAAGCAGAAUUAGUGCAAUUCCUGUGAUAUUCGACAAUUUAAUUGAUAUCUGUGAUUUAAAAAAAAGUUCCUAAAAUCAAAGAAUCAAAGCCUUACCAUGAGACUAAACUGCUAGCUGCUGCAGUGUCUGCGAAUUAGACUCCCUUAGUGGACUCAUUCAGUGUUGUUGAUAUGGACCGUUUUUUUGGAGGGAUUUUUCCCCCCUGUUAACCUCCAGUGCCAACAGAAAUGAAGUGUAAUGCGUGCCCACAUUACCUUGAAUGACCCCUGGCUACCAUCCCAUCCUUUUGUCCAUCAGUUUGGUCUCACGUGUACUGCCAAUCUGAGAAAUUAGAAUAGAGCUUUAUUUGUCAUUUUACAAUUAUAACGACAUUUGAAAUUUGGGCAUUUUCUCUUUUGAUGGCUCCAUUGCAAAGUCAUACCUCUUCUGUUUCUAGUUUUGUGAGAGACCUGUUGAUGUACAGAUUUUGACUGGUCAUGAUUGCAGGACUAACCUGUUCAACCUGCUCUGUUCCUUGUGGAUUUUCCCUUUUUGGAUAUCCACAAAGAGACUCUGUAGCAGUAAUGAGACUAACAGACUAACCUGACUGAAGAUGUGCACUCAUCCACUGAUGGUCAACGCCAGUACUUGGCGUGCCAUCAUUCAACAUGCUUAAAUGUUGUUUCUCAAUAUCUCUGUUUAGUUCCGCACUUAAUCACAACGUCUAUAGAACUCUCACGUUGACAUCUAUGCAUGGUAUGACGGGGUGUCAGGUCCCAUUUAGCGGUGUGGGGCAGAUAGUGCGGCAACAUGUCUGCUUUGACUGAUGAGGGCCAGUGGCCUUGAAUGACGUCCGCGGUGUCCAUAUUUAGACCACCACUUACUCAGGCUGGAAGGGUGCUGCACAGCCAUGUGCAGUAGGGGGUAGUAGAGGUUCAGCACUGUCCCCAUUCAGCCAGGCCAUGUGGGUGACUUUGGUCCCAAAUCAAACACAGGUACUGCCAGGGAGUUUUGCCCAUUUGAAAAAAAGGGCGUUUCAGACUUGUCCGGCCCCGAGAGUCGAGCCUAUGAGAGCUGAUAUGCCACUCUUUUAUUUGCAGAUGGCAUUAUUUUAUUUAUGUAUUUUUUGACCUGUAAUGUUUUCAGGUUCCGCUCAGCAUUUUUAGAAACACUUUACGCCGAUUUAGCUGUCCCCAACCUGCCUCUCUGACGUCAUCGUUCUCCCAUCCACCCCAUGUCCACUUUGUGAUGUCGUGAUUGUAUUCCUCCAACGUCCAGUGAAACAGGGUCAGUGUAGCGUUCUGAUGACGCACACCCGAAUGUUUUCUUUUUCAGGGCCAUACUCAUCCUCAGCGCAAGGUGUUUUAGUAUGAUGUACCUGUCCCUCGACAGCCAGCAUAUAGGGAUCCCCACCCUCCACCACCCAACCCAACCCAUCCCCCGUUGCUUUGCAGACUGCAUCAACUCAUGAUGCUGUGGUACAGUCACACGGCUGAAGGUUUACACGAACCCCUGUCUGAUUCAGGUUCAUCUUGGUGUCCCGGUUCACCGUCCGUUUCUCAUCCUUCACGCUUCCUUUUACCGGAAGGAAGGAAAUAUUUAGCUGAUGUUGGAUCAGUGUUUUAGUAGCUAUUUGAUGAUGAACCUGUAGUGGUUUUGUGCAGCAUGUUGGUCAGUGAUGAAUUGUAUUUCAGCUUGACUGACUCUUAAGUGCCUAGUGAGCAAGAGUAAUGCUUUUACUGUGAAAUACUGUCACUAAACCUCUUGCAGGUUGCUGUUGUUGUGUCGCUCUUCACAUAUUCAAGAACGGUACAUGACGGGUUCAAAGUUUGUUUUGACCUCUUAUUGAAUGUAUUACUUCAGGUCCUGUACUCGUAUGUGAAUAUUACACAGUUUCUUAUCAUACUGCCUUGCAAGUCGUCGGAGGUCCUCUCCAGGGUUGGAUGACGGCGUGCGCGGCGGUUUCUGUCCGACCCCCGCCCGGCCGAUCCCCCUGAGCCCCUCUUGGGGGAUUCCACCGAAGACGACGCGUGCAUAUUCCUGAGCAGCAUCGGCCGCAGCAUGUAACGUGGCUCGCAUACCGACGUGGAUACCAGAUGUGAGAAUUACGACCACUGCCCAGUUGAAAACGUCUCCCGCUCCCAUCCCCGUGUAUUGCCCUCCUAUAAGGUCAGAGAGGAGUUGGUGUGACACUUUAAAGGAACAUUCUGAAGAAUAUUUACUCUUGGACGUUUGUUCACAUAAGCGGGAACGUUGAUAUCUAGUCAGUCGUGAAGUGCACUAAGGUUCUUCAAGAAAAGUCACCUUUUAAUACUACUGCUGUGAACAGUUUAACCGAGAACCGGAAAACCCAGACAAUCAAUACAUGCCAAUGUGCAAAUCUUCCCCCCCCCCCUUGGGAAGGGUUUUUAUUUGAUUUGAUUUUUUCUUUUUAAGUGAGGCUCUUUUUUUUGUGUGUGUCUAAAACCUUAAAGUGGAUGAAUUGGAAAGAAUGCUUAAGACGAUUCAAUUGAAGCGAUGCAAGUUCCAAAAAAAAACCUUUUUAAAAUCCCUAUUGUUCAGUUAUUCUACAGAUUUGCAGACACACUAUUAAUGUAUUUGCAUGUUUUAACAGAAAAUUAAUUUUUUUUUGCUGUGGUCUCAACACAUUAACGGAAAAAUACUUUUUCUAAAAUUCUAUUGAUUUGUGCCAACAGAAUGUGUACCUGCUAACACUACUAUCUGUGUACAGUCUUUAGUGACGAUGGUGUGUCAUUAAGAGAGGAAUCACCUGUUGUUGCAUAAAGCUUGGUGU